GAACGGCUGCUAGAGACGAGAGAUUCAUUGAAGAGAGAGAGAGUAGGGAGGGAUCUGGAGUUAUCUCUCCUCGUUGACCCGAUCGGGCUUCCUUGAAGAAUUUUGCUUUGAUCGUAAAGUAAAUGGCGGAUUCGUGUUUAAAAGGAGGUAAAUUCAGUGCGCCAGGGUUUCGAUUUCAUCCGACAGAUGAGGAGCUGGUGAUGUAUUAUCUGAAGAGGAAGAUUUGCAAGAGAAGGCUUAGAGUCAAUGCCAUCGGCGUGGUCGAUGUUUACAAAUUGGAUCCUGAAGAAUUGCCUGGUCAAUCGGUGUUAAAGACGGGAGAUCGACAGUGGUUUUACUUUACUCCAAGGAACAGGAAGUAUCCAAACGCAGCUAGGUCUGGUAGAGGCACAGCAACUGGGUAUUGGAAGGCCACUGGGAAAGAUCGAGUCAUCGCCUACAACUCGAGAUCGGUAGGACUCAAAAAGACACUUGUUUUCUACAGAGGUCGUGCUCCUAAUGGUGAGCGUACUGAUUGGGUGAUGCACGAGUACACCAUGGAUGAACAAGAGCUCGGCAGAUGUAAGAACGCCAAGGAGUAUUAUGCUCUUUAUAAGCUGUUCAAGAAAAGUGGGUCUGGUCCCAAAAACGGUGAGGAUUAUGGUGCUCCCUUCCAGGAAGAAGAAUGGUUCGAUGAUGAUUAUGAAGUUUCUGUUCCUGAGAAACCUGUGGUUCGUUUUGAAGAUACUCCUCGGGUGGAUAAUGCUACACUUUUCAAUCCUGUCAAUGUUCAGUUAGAUGAUAUCGACGAGAUUCUCAAUGGAAUCCCAUAUGCGCCUGGGGUUCCUCAAACAUGUAUUAAUAGCCUUGCUUCUAGUAUUCCCCAGGUUAACAGCCAAGAAGAAGAGCUGCAAAGCACGUUCGUUAACAAUUCUUCUGGAGAGUUCUUGCCAAACGUCCAGCCAUACAACAUGCCCUCGACUUUUGAGUCUACUGAAGUCACGUCAGUUCCCAAUGACUCUGGUGUGGGGCCUUUUGUGUUUGAGCAGGAAGAUUACAUUGAAAUGGAUGAUCUUCUGACCUCUGAACUCGGAGCUUCUUCAACUGAGAAACCCGAACAGUUCCUGGACCCUGGUGAAUUUAGAGAGUUUAAUGAGUUUGACCAGUUGUUCCAUGACGUUUCCAUGUUUUUGGAUAUGGAACCUAUUCUUCAGGGAACUUCUGCUGAUCCUUCUUCUCUGAGUAAUUUUGCUAACACAUCAGACCAAGAAGACCAAUCCCUUUAUCAACAGUUCCAGGACCAGACCCCUGAGAACAAGCUGAACAACAUCAUGGAUCCUAACCCAAAUCUCAGUCAAUUCACUGACAAUCUCUGGUUUCAAGAUGAUUAUCAAGCUGUUCUCUUUGAUCAACCGCAAUCUAUUAUCUCUGGAGCAUUUGCUUCACCUUCAUCAGGUGUGGAUGUGAUUCCCGGUUCCACAAAUCUUACUACGAGUGUAACUGCUCAAGACCAGGAAGGCGAAAAUGGUGGUGGUGGAACAAGCCCUUUCUCAUCGGCCCUGUGGGCAUUUAUGGACUCGAUACCUUCAACGCCAGCCUCUGCGUGCGAGGGUCCUAUUAACCGGACAUUUGUGCGUAUGUCUAGCUUCAGCCGUAUGAGGUUCGGUGGAAAGGCUAAUGGAACGCCAGCGACCACUACCGUAGUAGCAAAGAAACGUAGCAGAAACAGAGGGUUUCUUGUCUUAUCAAUAGUGGGUGCCUUGUGUGCCAUCUUUUGGGUGUUCAUAGCCACGGUUCGAGCGUCGGGGAGACCCGUCUUCUCGUAAAAGGUGGUUUUCUUGAACAAUAUUCGUAUUUUAGCCAAAAACAUAAAUACAGGCAAGUUAGAAGAAACCAACCAUGAUCCACAUUAAUGGUCAUGGGAUUAUUGACAUAUUUUAAUACAUAUAUAGGGUCUUUGAAUGUGUAUAGAGAUUGAAAGAGCAAAGAAUGUUAAAUUCUUGAUAAAAAAAGUUUCGUUUCUCGUCGA